AUGCAAGCAACAAAGAGAAGGAGAGAUGCGGCUGAAGACCCAGAAGAAGAAGGUAAUUUCUAUGGCUAGAUAAUGAGCCCUCCUAUACAUGAAGCUAAAAAUGAAAAUUUGAUCACUCGCUGUUCAAAUAAUUAUGUAAGGUUAUUGCAACCUUGAUCAUAAUUACUGGGACAUUGGACACUAACUAACAUUUGGCUGAACCUAUCCCUCCUCGCAAAGUUGGGAAGAACCCCCUUAUUUUUAACUCGUAGGUACGCGCGAGCGUACCACGAGUUAUUGUAGGGACAGGGAUAUGCAAAUGAGUCACUCGCUCACUCGUAGUAGACGCACUUCGUAAUUAAUCGGGUCCGAACUCGAGAACGCGAAGAUCUAUCGUUUCCAAAGAAGCACGCGCUCGCCGAAGUUCGGUGGCAUCAAAUUCCUCGCUGAGAGCGUGCAUCGUGCGCUACAGCACGGUUAGAGGAUAGAGGUCUUACCAAAUUUAAGACAUGCAGGAAUCUUUCAGAUUAGUACGAUUCAAGAGCCUUUGACUCGUCCAGGCGUUAAACUUGACGAGAAGAUGAGCAUUUGCUCUUCGACUCCUUCAACUUCGAUGCUGGCUUGAUCUCCUACCUUGUAGUAAUGUAGUAGGUUAUGUGUAUGAAUGAAUGCAAGGUAAAUAAAGGCACUUCUUCUUAAGGACUCCCCAAGAUCACGAGGGAAAAUGGAGGUGAUUUUGAGCAUUAGCUUCAAAAUGACAGCGGAAAUCGAGAUAAGAAAACAUAAGCUUAUGUUCUGCUUCCUACUUCGUGGAGGAGUUGUGUCGGCUCUGUAUUGCAUAUGUUCUUUUAUUGCCAUGAAAUGCGUUUACAUUGUUUUUUACCGUCAGUAGCCUGGUUUCAAUUAGCCUUAAUUUCAUCCGAUUGCUUCGAGUCGUUUUUUCAAUCGGUUAAGUAUGGCUCGAUCGUUUGCCGGCGGAAGUUCCAUGAAAAAGGCAUUAAAUUUGAAACUUUUCACCACGUCAUGCGAUCAUCCUCAAGGGCGUAGUGGCUAUGUGAAGGUUAUAGGUUCAAAUUCUGCUAAGAACCUUCUUUUUCCCUUCUUCCUUUUUUUUUUUCUUUUUUGUUUUGUUUUGUUUGCUUAUUUGUUUGCUGUUUUUUUUGUUUUUUUUGUUUUUAAAUAUAUACCUAAAUAACUGUUACUAAAUAACAAUUAUUCACCGAAGUGGAGGUGGCUAGUAGUGAGUAUUUCCCGAACGGCCGCGGUCGUCGCUUUUUCUUGGCGACAAAUAAAACUUUUGAAGGCGUUUGUUUAGCUCUUGCGGGGACGUUUCUUCAAAAGCAGUUGUGAAUUCUUUUUGUAUUUAAAAUCGUUCUGUAAAAAAAGAUGAUUAAAUUUAGUUUGAAGCUUAUUUAUGAACAAGUCAACUAAAUAAAGCAACGCAAGACUUCAGCUUAAUUUGCAUUUGUAAACAAAAAACUUUUCCACCGGUUUUAUCGAUAAAUUCAAGUCAAAAAGACAAAGCUUUACCUGUUAAAACUUCCAAACCGAACCUCUUCACCUUCUUCAUGUAUUUUGGGAAUAGCUUGAUUGAUCAGUUGUGAAAUUUCGUAGUUUGUUACGGCAGCAAACCGGGAAGGCAUUUUGUUCGCAACUUAGGCGAGUUUGGCGUCGCUCGCUCGGAGGAAGUGGAGGUGAAUCAGUGAAUAGUAUUGUGUUUCCAGAACAAGGAUAGUAUAUUUAUAAUCUGAAUUUCUAUCAUUUCCUAAAAUUUACUGUGGGAAAACCAGAGGUGAUAACUAAUUGAUUAUUUUCUAAACAACGUACCCACGAGUUGACGAUAGUCUUUCUUUGAUUAAACUAGUGAGUGAUUAGUUCUUUAAAAAAACUGUUGCAUGUGGACCAAUCUUAAGAAAACCUUUUGUUAGGGGCUAUUUACAUAAAGGCAGAAAGAUUAUAGAACUAGGCAGAUCAUAGAAGGGGGAGCAACUUGUCAUUUGGUGAAUACAUGCAAGGUUGUGGUCAGAUUAACUGUUAACUGCCUUUCAACAGAGGCUUUUUUGGCUAAAUCUGGCAUUUUGUUUUUACUCAUUUUAGUGUGAGGCUGGAAAACAUGAAGCCCAUCUUCCUCCAAUCUGUAGUUAUCUCUCACUACAUUCAGAAGAAUUGAUGCCGUUGUAUUAGUACAUGCUGCUCUCCCCUGUACAUGUAUCUCUAAAGUGGACCACAUGUAUUUUUGAAACAAAACCUGUCCCAAAUAUUACACCCUCAAUCAGAAACUACCAAAAUAAUCCUUUGAUGAUGACAGACAAAACUGUCCUGCACUUUCAGUUAGCACAGAAGUUUUCAAACAUUCAAAUACUCAUGCCACAAAUUCCAUCUCUGAUGAUUCAAAAGGCAUCGGUUUUGCCAAUUUGUACAAUUAAGGCCAAGUUUUAGCUGAAACUUUGGGAUUUUAACAUUUAAAUUUUAUGUACUGUUUAAAAAAACAAGCAGGAGUGUAUUACAUGACUACAAGUUUUUUGAAUGGCUUCAAAAUCUCUGAUAUAGAUCAACUCAUUCUUGCACUAAUAUUUAGAUUUGGGCUUAUUUUGGUCUUAAAAAUGGGAAGUUUAGCCGUGUCUUAAUCAGAUAUAAAGACAAUCAUUAAACAUUAAUUUCUUUUGUUUUUUAUUUAUGAAUUAUUAAUUAGUUUUUGAAAUGAAUUUAUCAGUCAGUAGGUGCAUGGACACAGCAAAAGAAGAAAUUCAAAUUAUUAUUACUAACAGUACAAUCUUAUUGGUUAUUGCUGUGAUAUAUAGUACUGUUUCAGUAAAAAGUAAUAUAAUAUUCCUGGUGCUACAAAGAUAUUGUACUUAUUUCCAGUGCUAAAUUUUACAUUGUUAAGUAUAAAUAGAGCCAAUCUUACACCAAGAAGCCAUGUUUAAGUCUCAUUUAAUGCUAGUGGCAAAAAGGUGCAAGGUCCAGGUUCUGACACUUUUUUCUGUGUCUUUGCAACCUGCCAUUAGCACCCCAUAUUGUUAUAAAUAUUAUAUAUUGUUUUAUUGAUAUUUCAACUUUUAUUAUCAUUAAUUUUAAUUAUUUUUCAUGCACUGAUUAGGAUCAAAGAUAAUAAGAAUUUCAGAAGAUUUAACAAGCAGAUCAGAGGACAGUCAUGGCAAUACACCCCAGCUUACCACUGAUUUUCCGGAGGAUACAACCAGUAGAUCAGAUGGAAGUGAUGGUUCUGCACCACAGCUUACCAGCCGUCUCCCUUCUUGUGUAAACAAUACUGCAAGCAGUGCAAAGAAGCCAAUUAGAGGCCCUCUUGAGCUUAAUAAAGUUCUCUCAUCUUCGCGUGACAUUAAGACAAUAACCAAACCUGCUGAUCUCCCUGUUGAUGUUCUGUUACUGACAGUAAAGGAUUGUGAGUUCUUAGCUUGUUACAGUGAGCUUAAGAACCCCUAUAGAUGUUUUUUUUAUGGUCUCGGAUAUGUUUACUUUUCUGAUGUGGAUAGAAGUCAAGAGAAAGUUAAAGUCGCAUUAUUAAAAUGUUAUGAAGAUGCUGCUGGCCCUGGUGGUUCUCUUGUCUCUGUUAUGAAGGCAGCUACUGUACUCAGACCUAAAGCAGUUAUAUCUGUUGGUACGUGUAGCAGUCUUCACCCUGAGAAAGGCAAGUUAGGAGAUGUUGUUGUGCCUGCCAAAAUAGCAGCAUAUGCUCCCAAAAAAGUGAUCAGUAAUCAAGAACAGUCAACUGGCCUGAGAAAUUGUGUGAGCAAACGUUUUCUGGAUGUCAUUAAGUACUGUACUCAUGGCUGGCAAGCACCGUUGAAGAACCUGGCUGAUGCUCAACAAGUUCAAGUUCAUACUGCUGCAGAGUUUCUGAGUGGACCAGAAAAAGUCAAUUCUGAGCAGCGGCGUGAUCAACUUGCUGAAACAUAUCCUCAGGCAAUAGCAAUGGAAAAUGAAGGAGAAGGUAGGCCAACUGCUUUUUUGCAGCCAGUCUUUAUAAGUUAA